CUAGUCUACUACUAUAUAUAUUGCAUCCAGCCUGUUUGAGAUUGCUCUGAAUUCAAGGUUCUUAUCAAUUUGAAUAAAUUAGUUGCAGCAGAUAACGUUGCAGUAAUUACUAAAUUGCUAGGGUUUUCAAAGACCCUGUGGUAGGUGUGUACAAGAGAUGCUCGUUUCUCUUUGAUUCUUCCCUCAAUCCAACCAACAUCGAACCAAUGGAGUCAACAUUGUCAGCGACUACAGCCACCGCUGUAUUCGGUUUAUCCAAAACCCUAAAUCACUCUGUUACCGGUGCUCAAACGCUCAGAAGUCAGCUCGCACUUUUCCAUAUUCGACGGACUACAAUUGCCACCAAAGCUGAGUUCCGGAGAUCAUCGAGUAAGUUUGCUUCUGCAUACCCGUUGUUUGGCUUGAGGAAUGUUGGCGGUGGAGUGCCUUUGUUGAGGUAUCGUGUGGAGUGUGUUUCGAGCUCUGCCUCUGCUGGUUCUUUCGCUUCACUUUCCGGCGGUGGGGGAAUUGGAGGAGGUGCGCAUAGUGAAGGAGGAGGAGGCGGCGGCGGAGGUGGUGAUGGUGGGGAGGCUAAAGUGAAUCCGAUCGUUACUGAUGCUUCUGGUGUUUCGUCUGAUGUGAUCAUUCUAGAUGUUUUUGGUAUGACCUGUGGAGGGUGUGCUGCAAGUGUAAAAAGAAUUUUGGAGAGUCAACCAUUGGUAUCUUCUGCAAGUGUGAAUCUUACAACAGAGACAGCAAUUGUAUGGCCUGUAUCUGAAGCCAAGGAUUCACCAAACUGGCAAAAAGUCUUGGGAGAAGAACUUGCAAAACAUUUGACAACUUGUGGAUUUAAGUCUAACCUUAGAGAUUCCAAGAAAGAGAGCGCCUUCCAAGUAUUUCAAAAAAAGGUGGAAGAAAAGCGGAAGCAAUUAAAAGAAAGUGGUAGAGGACUUGCAGUAUCUUGGGCUUUAUGUGCUGUAUGUCUGUUUGGACAUGUCUCCCAUUUCAUUGGAGCCAAAGCUUGGUGGAUCCAUGCAAUGCAUUCCACUGGUUUCCACUUAUCAUUAUCUUUAUUCACAUUACUAGUUCCAGGACGCCAGCUUAUAAUUGAUGGUAUGAAAAGUCUCAUGAGGGGCACUCCAAACAUGAACACAUUAGUCGGUCUAGGGGCAAUCUCGUCAUUUACCGUUAGCACAUUCGCAGCUUUAAUACCCAAACUGGGUUGGAAAGUGUUUUUUGAAGAACCGAUUAUGUUGAUAGCAUUUGUUUUAUUGGGAAGGAAUCUUGAACAAAGAGCUAAGAUUAAGGCAACUAGUGAUAUGACAGGGCUUCUUAGUGUUCUUCCACCAAAAGCUCGUCUUUUAGUGGAUGGUGAUGAUGUUGAAAAGUCAACCUCAACAGUCGAUGUUCCUUGUGACAGUCUUUCUGUUGGAGAUAAAAUUGUUGUGCUACCUGGAGAUCGUGUUCCUGCUGAUGGUAUAGUGACAGCUGGCAGAAGCACAGUGGACGAGUCAAGUUUCACUGGGGAGCCACUCCCUGUAACUAAGCUUCCAGGGGCUGAAGUGUCAGCAGGAAGUAUAAACCUUAAUGGAGCACUAACAGUUGAAGUAAAAAGGCCUGGAGGUGAGACAUUCAUGGGUGACAUUGUUAGAUUGGUGGAAGAAGCUCAGAGUAGAGAAGCUCCUGUUCAACGUCUUGCUGACAAGGUUGCUGGACACUUUACUUAUGGUGUAAUGGCAAUCUCUGCUGCAACAUUUAUGUUCUGGAGCACUUUUGGUGCGCGUAUUUUACCAGCCACUCUUCACCAUGGAAGUGCCAUGUCAUUAGCUUUGCAGCUCUCUUGUAGUGUUUUGGUUAUUGCUUGUCCAUGUGCUUUGGGUUUAGCAACACCAACAGCUGUGCUGGUGGGAACUUCACUUGGUGCUACAAGAGGAUUACUUUUACGUGGUGGAAGUAUUUUAGAAAAAUUCUCUCAAGUCAACACAAUUGUUUUUGACAAAACAGGGACAUUAACAAUCGGUAAACCCGUUGUCACAAAAAUACUUACAAAAACACCCCAAGAAUAUUCCGAAUUACAGCUAAGUUCAACAGAAACAUGGUCUGAAAACGAAGUUCUGAAGUUAGCUGCUGCUGUUGAAUCUAAUACAAUACAUCCAAUUGGAAAAGCUAUUCGGGAAGCUGCUAAGGUUGCUAAAUGUCCCAAUGUAAAGGCUGAUGAUGGAACUUAUAUGGAGGAACCUGGUUCUGGUGCAGUAGCUUCAAUUGGGAAGAAGAUAGUUUCUGUUGGAACAUUGGAAUGGGUUAGAAGGCAUGGAGUUGAUGAAAACCCAUUUGUGGAAACGGAAGAGUUCAAAAACCAAUCAGUGGUGUAUGUAGGAAUAGAUGGUGUUCUUGCAGGUCUUAUUUAUGUUGAAGAUCAAAUCAGAGAAGAUGCUGCACAUGUUAUUCAAUCUUUGACCAGUCAAGGCAUCAAUGUAUACUUACUUUCUGGUGAUAAAAAAAGUUCAGCUCAAUAUGUCGCAUCAGUAGUCGGAAUCCCUAAACAACAGGUGUUGUAUGGAGUUAAACCGGAUGAGAAAAGUAAGUUUAUAAGCCGGCUCCAGAAGGACAAUCGGAAUGUUGUUUCCAUGGUUGGGGACGGAAUCAAUGAUGCCGCCGCGUUGGCGGAAUCACAUGUCGGAGUUGCCAUAGGUGGUGGUGUCGGGGCUGCUAGUGAGGUCGCCUCGAUUGUGCUCAUGGGUAACAAAAUAUCACAGUUGAUUGAUGCAUUGGAGCUUAGUAGACAAACGAUGAAGACUGUGAAGCAAAAUCUUUGGUGGGCUUUUGGGUACAAUAUUGUUGGGAUUCCAAUUGCUGCGGGAACUUUGUUGCCAUUGACAGGGGUGAUGCUUACUCCCUCAAUUGCUGGGGCCCUCAUGGGUUUGAGCUCAAUCGGUGUCAUGACUAAUUCAUUGCUUCUUAGGUUAAGAUUUACUUCACAAUCACAAUCACAACAAAACAAAAUUAUUGGAGCUUCACCUUAUGUGGUUCAACAUGACAUCGAAGCACCAAAACCAAAAACCCUCACGUAGAUUUUUUUUGUUCUUAUGAUUAUCAUGUUCAAACACGGUAUGUCAUACAAUACACUAUGUGAGGCUACAUUUGUUUGGACCUUUGGAUCAUCAUGUUCCAAAAGAUGUCAUAUAAAACACUAUGUGAAGCUACAUUUGUUAUCAUAUGAACUUUUUAGGGUUA